UCAUACUACGGUGCUACCAGCGACAGUGACUUCGGUGCAUAUAUGAGCGGCUCCUUCGGCCAGCCAGGUCCCAGUAUCGGCCAACAGGGCCACCAUGCCCACGAUGUUAGCUUGAGCAAAUAUAGUGUCAGCAAUGACCUGGGCGCUGCAGGCUAUAAUGGCCAGUUUGCCGAUUGGCAGGCGCAGAACAUGCCUAUGAAUUACCUUAGUGCCAAUUCGCCCCAGCAGCCUGGUGUUGGAGUUCAAGGUCCUGUUCAUGGUCAACCUGGUCAACCUGGUCAACCAGGUCAAUCUGGAACGCUGAAUCAUGAAGGAGCCGGCUUUCCUCAGCCAGGCGCAUUUGGUCCAAUUCAAAGCCCAUUCUCGGGUCAACCUGCUCCUCACUUUGGUAAAGUUCUCAACCCCCUUAUUGUGCAAUGAUUCUUCUGGCUCACGCCACAUUCAAGCAGGUGGGAAUUUUCCUCCGCCCAGCGCAUUUGCUCCAGGUCAAAUACCAAUUCCUGGCCCAUAUGGAACGUUUCCCCCGCCUGGUUCAUUUGCUCCACUUCAAGGCCACUUCCUGGGCCAACCUGGAUUUCCAGCCCCUGGUCAAUAUCAACCUAACCUUCAUGGUCAAAUGUCUCCCUCGGGACUCUAUGAUUCCGGUCUUUCCAAUCCGCAGGUUUUGAGCGAACUCGUUCAGAAUCAACCUUCAUCCCAGGAAUCGCAGGCAGAUCUUUAUGCUUCGGGCAUCCAUCAACAAGCUUCCCCCACCGUUGUGACUGGCCAAUCUUCUGAGCAUAAUGGUCAGAAUCAGCUCCCACAGCCCCAGAUGGGUUCUGCACCUCAAGGACAGUGUUUAGGCCUUGACACAUAUCGAUAUGCCACCUUGGCUCAAGCUGAGGCGGAUUUUGAUGCCGAGUUGUAUGCUUGGAUGAACGGGAAUGCUGCAACUGAAGAGCCGCAGGCUAACGUACAGGCCGACCGCGGAAGCAACGUGACGGAUCCAACAGAACCCAUAGGCAGGGACAUAGACGGGCUUAAGAAGAUCAUUGAAGGUGAUCGAGAUGCUCUCACGGCUGCCAGACGUGACGUGGCGGCUGGAAAUCUCACGGGACUCGAAGCGCAAGCUCUAGAGGUCUUUGAACAAAACGCAGAGGCUGAAACGACCGCUGAACGUGACUGGGUGGCUCAAACAAUUGCCGAAAGGGACCUUGAAACUCUCCAGCUGGCUCGUCUGAGUCUGUCGGACGAUGCCUCCAAGAUUGCUGAGAAGGCACUAGCUGGUGCUAUGGACGAGUCACUACUGGCUAGUCAAGUUGAACGCGCUCAGGCUACUUCUAAGGGCGAUAAAGAGCAGGCUAAUGAAGCCGAGCAAGCUCAGACUGACUCUAUGCGAGAUUCUGAACUUGCUGCUGUUGCCGGACAGCUGCUGGCAAACGUUGAGGAUAACACCUCGGAGAAAUUCAAGAACUCGAAGUUUCUAGAAUUGAUGAGACGUCUCCAGAGCCAGGAAGUUGUGGCUCACGACAACGAUUUCGUUGAGGCCUCUUCUGUUCCUGCUCUGGCACCGCGCUCUGGACUUGCACCCACGUCCAGUGUUGGAUCUCACGUCACUGGCUCGAGAACUGGUCCUCCGCUGACCCUCCAGCAGAACCCCGGACAGCAGGCUUCCUCCCCGGUUACCCCCAAGACCGUCACCGUUAAGGACGUUGAUGAGGGCCAGGAUGAGAAGUAGUUGUUGGCUAUCAUACUCGAGGCUCUCUAUCAACCAAAGCACUGCUGAGAUGCUUUCGGAUGGCGGAAAUGUGUCGCCGUCACUG